UAGGCGCUUUAGUCUCUGGUUGGGACGCGAGGCGUGAGUAUGGGGUAUGAGUUCAGCCCGCCAGGCUUGAACCUCGUCGAGAAUUGAAAACAAACAACGAAACACGGAAGAUACUUGCAUGACACUCGCCACGUGAGAAAGGACGGUGGAUUCCUCUCUUCUCGUUCAGCGUCGAGCCUUUCCCGCGGCACCCUGAACGGACCUUCGACGACCGUCGCUCGCAAAUGUACGGUUAAUCGAUCCGUGUGUAAUAAACGAACAGUCGAACUCGAACGUCGCCCGAUGUAAAUAGGCAGUGUCUCGCGCGCGCGAGGAAUCGAAAACGAUUUCGGAGUUAAAUCGUUCGUCGAUGAAAGACUACUCGUGUGUGCCUGUCAGGGAUACGUGAAGAAGGUUUUCUCUCGUGGACAUCGCCUGUCUAGGGAAAGGUACUCGAGAGCCAAGAUGUCGGUGCUUCUGGAAGCAAGGUCUUACCGACCUUUCAAAUCCUCCGAGGAGUAUCUGGUAGCGAUGAAAGAGGACUUGGCGGAAUGGCUGAACGCUCUCUAUCCGGAGCUAAGAAUCAACGUUGACAAUUUUAUGGACAGGCUAGACACUGGCGUCGCUCUGUGCAAACACUCGAACAACGUACGCAAGUCUGCGGCGGAAUACGUGGCGCGUCGCCAGGCGCGCAAGAUCUCGAUGACACGUUCGAUAACCUCGUCGCUGGCGUUGCCGAUGAGCCAGCUGAGCGACGUGGCCUUCCUGCCCAACGCGAAGGCCGGCACCUUCUUCGCCCGCGACAACGUCUCGAAUUUCAUCGGCUGGUGCCGCAACAGCCUGGGCAUCAUCGAGUGCCUGUUGUUCGAGACCGACGACCUGAUAAUGCGCAAGAACGAGCGUCACGUCAUACUCUGCCUGCUCGAGGUGGCCAGGAGGGGAGCGAAAUUCGGCAUGCUGGCGCCGAUGCUCGUCCAGAUGGAGAGGCAAAUCGACAGGGAGAUCGCCGCCGAGAACAAGGCGGCGAAUGGCGCCCACGGGAAUGGCGGGAACGAAGAGAGCGACGACGAGUACGCGGACAUGCAACAGGAAGAGCCGUGCCUCAUAUACGGGCCCCAGCCACAGAUCGUCACCAACGACUUGAAGAGCCUCGACGAAAUGGUUCGCGACUUGGUCGAGAGGUGCACGUGUCCCACGCAGUUCCCAAUGAUCCGCGUGUCGGAGGGGAAGUACAGGAUCGGUGACACGAAGGUGCUGAUCUUCGUCAGGAUUCUACGAAGUCACGUGAUGGUGCGUGUCGGCGGUGGCUGGGACACGCUGAGCCAUUAUUUGGACAAGCACGACCCCUGCCGAUGCAGAACUUCGCAUCGCUCGAUGAUCUCAGCGAAGUUGAUUCAAAAGGCUGGAGGGUCCUUCGACCUUGGCAGCGCGCAGGUGCAUUACGAAAGAUCACCUCCUAGAACUCGAAGGAGUUCGGCGUCGAGCGUGGGUUCCUGCGCGGGAACGAUGCAGAAUCAGCAGCAGACGCAGCUGCACGCGGCCAGGAGCGUCUCCAGCAAUCGAUCGCGAUCGCCCACGCCUCACCGACCCGCUGGCAAGCAGCAACAGCAGCCGAGCGACGAGCAGCAACGCAAGAUCAAUCGCUCGAGGAGUCCCACGCCGCAGAGGAAAUUCCUCGGCAGUCCCAACCACCAGCCUGCCGAUUUCGGGAAACAGCGAUCCAGAUCGCCCACCCCGAAGGCGCGGAUCAGAUCGUGCAGCCCCACGAAGACGGGAUCCGACUCGCCCAAGAGGGGCAUCAACGAGGAUGCUCGCUCGCCGACGCAUCAUGCUAAGCAUCAAGAUGUUAAGGACGCGAAGAAAGAACAGCACCAGGAGAUCCGUGCGAAGAUGCCUCAGCCCGAGGAGUUUGCGAAGCGCUACGUGGUGGAGGGCGGCGUGGCCCGCAGGGCGGUGGAGAAGGACGACACCCCGAAGUACGAGCCGAGCAUCUACAAUUACAAGUGUCGCGAGGACUCCAGCAGCCGCAGUCCCACGCCCAGUCCUCCGGCGAUCAAAGAGGAGCCAGCGUUGGAGAACUUCGGCAAGGACGUCGUCACGGGGACGGUGCAGUACACCAAGUCCCCCCACGGCGACGGCGAGCACUCCGACAACUGCAGCGAGGUCUCCGACGAGGGCUAUCGAAGUUUGGGCGCCGUCCAGCCACCCACCAGCAAUGGGAUCCACGGGACCUGCACGCAAGGAUCGCCCACGGUUGCCGAUUGUCAGAAGCAACCUACGAAGCCCGAGCAAGAGGAGAGGUCCUGCGUAGAGACCGAGAGCAUCGAGACAGGUCUCCGAAAGACGCGGAUAGGUCCAGCGAGUCCGCUUCGAGCGUCCCCGUCGAGAAGCGUGGCCUCUUCCUCGGGCGAUCGCACCCCGCGUGCGGGUUCCAUCGUCCGCGAGAACAGCAACGUGUCGAGAGCCUCGUCGGGCAGCAGAACGCCCCGGGAAAGCAACUCGAGCCCGGAGGGCAGUCCCCUGAAACGCGGAACCAUCAGGAACAGCCUUCGAAAACCUCCGCCGACCGGGAGCCUGAGCAAAGCGUCGCCGGUGCCGAAAUCCUGCCAGUCGCCCGUCAGCGGCAGCAACACCUGGAACGGCCGCCAAGCUAGGCAAAGGCCCAGCAUCCAAUCGGACACCUUCCUGAAUCCCCAAGGAUCAGCCACCUGCGCCACCACGCCGAGCUUCUCGAGGAAGAGCCCCGCCAGACAGAGUCUGCCCAGACAGAGCUCCAACGGUGUCCAGUACGACAGAAACGGAAGGAGGAUCAAGCCGUCCACCACGGGCUCCCUCCAGUCGUCCCCUACCAAGGUGGCUAAUCCCCUCCUCGAGCAGAUCCUGCAGAAGGUGGGCCAUCUGCAAGACGACCGCGAGGUGGUCCAGAAGCUCCAGGAUCUGCUGAGGGACUACCAAGCCCACGGUGGAGGCGACGUCGCUAAUCUGGAGUUCACGAGGGCGUGGAUCGACGGAAACGGAACCGUGGCUCUGCCACAGGAUAAUCAGAUGGCAGCCAGCCCUAGGAAGGACCCCAAACCGGCCUCGGAGAGGGCCGGGUUCUCGAGGAUACCAGCGCCGGUUUACAAGAGGCCCAUGUCCGUUGCGUCCGACAGCGUGUGAGGAAGGCCAGCUGUCCCGAGGAAGAGGGGCGGGUACGUCUCGAUGAAGGCCCUCCCGGUGCCUUUGAGAUCAUCGAGGCUCUCGAUAUCGGCCGGGUAUCGUCGCGAGAACUGAAGGUGUUAUCGAACCUUCGCGAGUGGUGAUUCCCCUGUCGUGGUACCUUCGGUUUGCGAGAAUUCGGGACACCGGGUUGUGACUUCGAUGACGCGGAGGGAGGGAGAAGGACGAUAAGGGAUGAUGGUCGACCGGGUAAAUUGGUCAGGCCUGAGGUGUAUGGCGUCGAGUGCUUUGGCGAAUCUACUUAACCAGACCUAAUCCAGUCGGAGACCUAGAAUCCCAAGUUUUGAGAAAACAUGCUCCAGAAUCAUCAUGGUCUCCUGCAUGCUCCAAUAGUGUCUUGAGCUGUGAAUAUAUUGGAGACUGGCUCUACUAUAUUUGCAGUCCCAAAGUGUAUGAAUCGGCCUAAUUUCGAGCCUUCCUGGCCUAGUAGUGUAUAGACAAUCCUUACACUUCCUCGAACCACUGUGUAUCGUGCACUUCCUCUAGUGACAGUUAUUGAAUCAUGUUUAUCGAAGCUCCUCGUAAAUGGAAAUCCUUCCGCAGGUAAGAAAUUCCAGUUCCUGAUGGUGCAAUUAUCAGCGAUCCAUUAAUGCUCUCUCAUAUCCUUCUGAUUCCUCCCAUAUAGCUUUCCAGGGACUCCAAGAUGAAGAUAUACAAACCCAGAAGAUAAAUCAGUCUCGUAAGCAUUCGUACCCACUGUAUCUAUCAAGGAUAUUUAUCUAAAUUUUAUAAUAGGUUUGCUGAUUCCAAACAAAGUUCUAAUUAUAUAUAUAUACAAGUGUAAAGUUUAUUUAUGCACAUAUUUAUGAUAAAACAUUAUAAGUAUUCGUAAAGGAAGAUUUUCCUUUGGGAGGAAGUUAAGGGGUGUCCAAAGAGGGUUUUUUGUUUUUUAACACUUUCAGUGCCAGGCAUAAUCGUAAAAAUACUAACGAAGUUAAAAUUUUGUUGUUGACAAUUGGAAUAUACUCUAACAUUUGCCUUGGCAUUUACAGGAAAAUUCACGAAUUCUGUCCAGCCUCGUUUUCUUUAACACCUGAUCUUCAGAAUUAAUUUUUUAAACCCUCAGUCCCAUAAACAGCGAGCGUAAUAAGGACAGGAAUGAAUCUAAAAUAAAACUUCGUAUAUUUAUUUGAUUAAUAAAUUCUAAAUUUAUCUGGGAACGUGAAACCUGUCAUUUAAUUUAGACAAAUUUCUCCAACAGAUAUAAAGGUUACGAAUAUUUAUGGAACUCUAAAAUCCAAGUUUCCAAAGACAUAGACGAUCGCAGGUUUUAAUCUCCUCAUCUUACAUAGAAGAACCCGUAGAGUACCCUGCUACCGCCACGUCCUCGUACCUAACCUCCAAACCUGCUCCAAUUCGUUCAGCUAUCGGGGUACGUGGUCUCGCGCCUCACACCUCACGCCUGGAGCGAAAAGUAGGCGCGAUCUUACGAUGAAGCGAUUCGUGCCUGACGAAGCAAUUAAACGUAGGCAGUCGAUGCAAAGCGCGACGGAAAGGCGGCUUCGAUAAACGCGGCCGCGGUUUCUGCGCGUCGCUUCUGCCUUCUGUGUCAUCGGAGAUCGAAGGCGUCCGAUUAGAGGAAAACUUAACGGGCCUUAACGGUACGGGGUCGAUCGGUUAGCGUUGGCUCCGAGGAGUCACGCGUAUCGGGGUGGUGCUCGGAGAUAUGGUGCUUGGGAUGACGUUUACGUGAUGCGAAAAUGGAUUACGAGGCGAGAGAAAAAUAAGGAUGGAGGAGUGAAAAUAGGACGAGGCACGCGAACGGGACUCGUCUCGUCGACGACGGGGACGCGAUUUCAAUUGGUUAUACACGGAAUUCAAGAUGGGGCAAUUAGCCGGUGCUGGUGUUGCGUUAAUGGCUUCCCAAUCGAUUUGCUUCCAGUCAGUUAAUUGCACCCCGGCUGACAGCUCGUCGAUUGAUCCGAGACGAGAGAUUACACCUUGCAAACGCGGACACGCGAUACUCCGUCUCUCGUAACUGCAACUUUUUCGACCCGUGCCCGACACUUCCGUUUCUUUUUUUUUUUUUGGAACUGUUUUCACACAGCGUCAAUGGCACGAUUAAUUGGUGAUAUUAUUCGAUUGGAAAUUAGAAAAUUGAAUUUUUCAAUGCGUUGGAUGCUGGAUUAAUAAUCAUGAAAAUUCCAGGUUACAUUUUCUUCCAGACUCUUAGAAAUGGUGCAAUCCAACAUUCGUGGUGGUAUUUAUUAUUGCUAUCCCUUUAGAAUUUGGCAAUACCAUGUAGAUUAAUUUUUACGAACACCUCACCUUGGAAUUAAUUUAUUUCAUUCCCACAUGUGACAAGGAUUUUCACUGAGGAAUAAAUAAAUUAAUUCUGAAAGUGCGUAGCAUUGGUAAAUUUGAAAGAGGUCGCAAAAAUAAAUACUGUCACAAAUGUCAGACUAUUUUAUUAGAUUCAGACUAUUGCAUUUAAAAUUUUUGGAGAUUUGAAGAACACCAGGGUGAUGUUUGUAAAAAUAAUUGAAUAGCUUCAAGAGUGAAUUACUCGUUAACUAAUUUUGUCCUGGGAAUGAAUUAGACCACGAAAGACUGCCAGAGUUCCUUUUCAAAUAUUUUCGUAUGGAACCUUUUUAUUAAAUACAUUCCUGAAGAUGUUCGUUUCUUUUCAAACAUCCCCGUGCAUUUGAAAUUAAAAUUCGCGAAGAUCGAGAGUGAAAUUUAGCCUAUUUGAAAAUGAAAUUUGACAAAUUGACAGAAUUUUAGGAAAUUUGAAGGAUUUGGAAGAGUUUGAUUCGGUUCCAGGGCGUUUGAGUCGCAGCAUGUUUGAAAGGAGCGUCGCGUGAUCGCGGUUUCUUUAGCUUACGAUUAGUGUAACCGCGGCCCGCGAAUUUCUACGUUUCGUGCGUUCGAUCACGGCAAAUUAUUUAUUUAUAUAGUCUAUUGGUUGUAUUUAUUGAAGACGAUUUAUUUACGCGUUGCGAGUUCGCUCGAGAAUGAGUUGUGAGAAUGAUGACGUCGGAGGAUGGUUCCUUUUUCAAAAUAUCGGAGCGAGGACUGCUGGGAGAGAUCGAAUCGAAUCUCUCGGGAAGAAAUCAAAUUUACCCUACCCCUCCCACCCCCCAAGAAAAAAAAAACAGACUGCAUUAUGUAGAUAGUGACACGUGUCGUCGAAUAAAAUGCCAUUCCAAUGUUUCACUGUUUUUUAUACCAAACGCGAGCGUAGCGCCAUUUUGUAUCAAGUGUCUUGGCUGGGAAGAUGGCGCUCGGAGGCGGGGCAAUUCGCAAGAAUAAACCAAACAUUUGGAAUCGCGAAAUAUAAAUUCAAAUUCCAUGGAGGUGAAUUAUCUCGUUUUUUAAUUCAAAUUUCAUACUUUAUAAAACGUUUCUGCAUCGUAUAAAAAUACCAGUUCGUACAGGGCGGUCAGUGUCGCAAAGACAGUUCUCGAAAUCGUUCGUAUCUUGAUUAAUUAGAGGCUCUGUCGAAAUCCAGACACUUCGAUGAAAAUGAAAUUAGGGUAAUUUAAAAAUGUAGCUCGAGAACGUUAUUCGGACUUUGAAACCCGCGAGUCUCUAAUUGCUCCAGCCUAAACGGCAGCGUCCAGAGUCUCGAAAGGAGCGAAUGAAACUUGGCAGGCUCGUGUGAACAAGCUCAAAGCGUCGAACAAGUAUUUUUUAUAACCCACACACGGUAGAGAAUCGCGUCCCUCCGGCCUGGAUCCGGCCUCGAAGUUUCACGAAGCUCUCGCUUUCGUUGGAGAUUCUGGACCGUGCUCCCCGCCGCCUUAACCCAUUUCCCACGCCGAUUACAAAUUAAGAGGCAACGCUUCCGACUGGGAAGCGAACAGAGACGAGAGUUUAUUUUGUUGACGAGAACUUCGAGUAGAGUUCGUAGACGAAACGUGCGCGAGACACGGGGACGAGAUUAUUUUCUAGUGAGGCGUGUUAGGCGAUCUUUGGGAAUGAUGCUGUGGCUUCUAUGGCGUUCGAACGUAGCGCGGAUAUUUUUUUAAAAGAAAAAAAAAACCUUCAGCCUUUCGCUUGAUAAAUUUUGCUUGGAUGCCGCGACGAUAGCGUAGCUUCGGUAACGAAGCGGCUCGCGAAUAUCGGCGAGAAACCGGCCUAAAAUCGAUGUUUCGCCUAAUCGAAAAGUAGAUCGUGAAAAUAGCCCGUGGAAAUGGCCGCUUUUGCCCGUCCAAGAGUUUCCAAGAAUUUUCUAAAAAUUGCAUUCGACGAAGCGCGAUUUUCCCGAGGGGAGACGUUCGAACGAGCCAUUGUGAAAAAUAUACGUGAAAAGGUAAAAAAAAAAAAAAGAUAGAUUGCCACGAUAACAUUCCUAGAAGACGCAUUAAAAAUUGCUCGUAGAUUUCACGUUUUCGAGAAGGGGUGGGCGCCCCUGUCUUUUAAAGCCUAAGCUUCGUAACCCCAAGCUGGUGCGGUGUCGCCGCAACGACGAAUAAUAAUACCGAUGAUUACCAAUAUUAAUAUUAUUAUUGCAAACAAUUGCAAUUAUUGCUAUUAUUAUUAUUAUUAUUAUUAUUACGAUAAUUAUUAUUGCGAUCAUUAUUAUUAUUAUUAUUAUCAUUAUUGUCAGGGAGAAGACGAUAAUUGAUUAUUCUGAUUAUUAUAUGCAACGUUGAGUAUGUUAUGUUAUCAUUUUAUCUACGAGUUGUAAAUUGAAUGGAAAACUUGUAUAAAAAAAUAAAAACAAAUAAAAAGAACUUUAACAAAAACGCAAGAUUUUCGCUGUUUUUCUAGAAUAGCUGAGAUCGUCGGAGAAACCUUACCAAGCUUUCAGAAUAUGUCACCAGUGGACCAAGGAGCAGUGUCAAUCACGAGCAACGCCAUGUCUACAUACUAUGCUUAGAUCGCUAAGAACGCUUCAGUACAUUCAAAAAUAUAUAUCAGGCCGUCCCAUAAGUUCGUGCCGAAGACUGUGUCGAAAUUUAGUAAAAGACCGCAGAAAUUUUCUAGUAACGGUAUAACGACUAUCUGAGAGAGGUGAGAAACUAUUGUGAAAUUAGACAGAUUAUCUUUUCUUGUGACACUUAAGAGUAUGUUUCAC